AUGAAAUUUCAAAGGAGCGACGCUCAAGGUCUUCGCCAGCUGCGUUUGUCUGCUGACCGUGGAGAUAAUACUUAUUUCGCAGGGGAGUCGAUUACAUUCACUUGUGAGAGUGACAAACUCUUGGCCCUCAGCGGCUUUUCAUUGUUUUGUGAAGCACAAUCGUUUCAAGCAGAACGACGCGCAGCUUCAUCGUUUACAGCCAGAGUCACGUUUGUCACCAUGCUCUCGGGGACGAGAAUACAAGGUUGCUACUGCCUUUACAGAAGCAGGACAUACACAGUGCAGAGUACAACAGUGCGGAUAACGGUACUGGAACGUAGUAAACUGCGAUUAUCACCAGAUCGUGCCGAUUACGUCUAUUUCAGAGGGGAAUCCAUUAUUUUCACUUGUGAAGCCGGCUAUAGAUAUUUCCCCAGCGGAUUUCGGUUGCAUUGUGGGGGACAACGUUUACAAUUGGAAACACGUGCAGCUAACUCACGGGGAGUCGCGGUUACGUUUGUCGCGAGAGUCACAACAACUCACAGUCAAGUUUGCCACUGCCUUUAUGAAAGAGAUCAACACAUAGUACAAAGUGAAACGUUGCGGGUAACUAUAGUGGAUCGUCCUCGGAAACCAGAACUAUCAGCUGACCGCGAGGACAAAGUAUAUUUAAGACACGAAGAGGUUACUUUCACUUGCAAUAUCAUCCAUGGUUAUUCAAUCAACAGAGUUGACCUCUACACUGACAAACGACAUGCACAGACAAAACGCAAAGAAGAUGUUUCACCGUCAUACAAGGUGACGUUUAACAUCUUGGACACAAGGCCUGGGGUAGAAUAUUACUACUGCGUUUAUACACUGACCAUGUCAGGAAGAGAGGUACCCUCAGAGCCCAGCGAAAGAGUGAAAAUAACUGUAGUGGACCUGGAUGUGAAUGUGAAAGCUCUAAGUGACAUUCGCAAGAUGUGUAGUGUAUUGCCAGGUGGAUUUUGUUCCUGA